AUGCCAACGCUUUACAACCCUAAUGCCAGCAUUCUAAGCGAAGUCUGUUGGACCAGGGAUCUCUGCCACCGGCAAAAGUGUCUUGAGCAAAUUAUUGUAGAACAAUAUGAACAUGUAUCAAAUUUACAUGUAGAAUUAGCCGUUGAUUCUUUAGAAGUUGAGGUGACGAAAGCUCUCCGCACGAAUCAGAAGAGGGAGCUCGGGCAGGGCCGCUUCAGCAUCGCCACGCUCGUCCACUGGAACGGGGCCGAGGCCGUGAUGAAAACGCCGGUCGAGGACUCCGCGUGGAUAUUUGUUGAAGAAUUAAUGUAUCUGAAGCACCUCCGGGGCGCCGGCGGAUCCCCCAUAGCCCUUGGACUGUGCCCAAAUCCCCCGGCCCUCUUCAUAUCCUUCGUGGGGCAUCAGACUCUCGAAAAUUACUUGCAGGAAAAGAGGACCGACGAAGAGCUUGUGGAAGUGGCCAUCGAUCUUUGCAUUAAGAUACAGGAAAUCCAUCAGAAGCACGUCAUUCACCACGACCUGAAGGAGGACAACGUCCUAGUGGACGCCCAAGGAAUGGUGCACGUUAUCGACUUCGGCAACGCCGAUAAGGAGGGUGAAAAGUGUUGCUAUCGUAGACCAAGUUGGUCCCCCAUGUGGAUGGCCCCUGAGGUCUUCUCCGUCGUCCUGAGCCAUCCCACCCAAGACGUAUACUCCUUCGGGUACUUGCUCAUGACAAUAGCCGAGGUCAUGGAAUCUCCAUAA